GCGGAUACUGCAAAGAAAUGAAACCUAAAGGAAUCAUAAAGAAAGCAGACACCGCAUAGCCUAUAGAGGAGAACACACACAUUUGGAAAGAUAAGGAGUUUGCAUAUUGGCACUUUCCUGUUGCGGGACUGUGAUUGGCUGUUGAUGUCAGAGGAACCCCACAGAAUGUGGUCCACCUUUCGUCACUAUUUAACUUCUGACACAAUCACGAUGGCUACAGCCGCAGAUACUGCCAGCCAGCUUCAGUGCUCCAUGUGUGAAAACCUGACAGAAGAUUUAGUCACUCUGAGUUGUGGACACACCUUUUGCAGAAGCUGUCUGGAUCAGCUCGUAAAGAUGAGCGAUCCUCAGUGUCCUAACUGCCCCCAGGCUCCUAGGAGGGUGGAGAUGGAUGACCCGAGUCACUUUAACACAGAUGAAAGAGCCUCAGGUUUAACUGCUAACACAGAAAAGCUGCAGUCACAAAAGCUAAAGUCUGCUAAAGUCACAAAAGCUGCAGAAAUCGUCAGCCAACUUCAGUGCUCCAUGUGCAAAAACCUGAAAGAAGAUUCAGUCACCGAGAGCUGUGGACAUACCUUUUGCAACACCUGUCUGUAUCAGCAGGUAGACAAUCGGGGUGAUCGGGAGUGUCCUCUGUGCCAUGAGGCUAUUCUGCAGGCACAGAUGGAUGACCUGAGUCUCCCUUACACUGGUAAUAAAGGUGAGAUUCCUUGCAACCUCUGUCCAUUCAUAGCUGUGAAGUCCUGCUUGACCUGUUUACUCUCAUAUUGUGAGUGUCAUCUGAAGCCGCAUCAGACUAUGGAGAGGCUGAGGGGUCAUAAACUGGUAAAACCAGUGAAGAGAUUGGAAGAGAGAGCAUGCAGUGUCCACGGCAGACCUCUGGAGCUCUACUCCACCCAAGACGAACGCUGCAUCUGUGCUUUAUGUGUGACACCUGGUGUAGAUGUCAUACCUGUGGAGACAGAGAGAAAGAGGAGAGAGGCCAAACAGAAAAUGACUAUUGUGGAGUUGGAGAGCGUGAUUGAAAAGGGAGAAAAAAAAAUCAUAGACCUUAAGAAUACGGUCAGAAACACUGUAGCUGAGAUGAGCAAAGAGCAGAAACAGAUAAACAAAGUGUUUGCUGCAGUGAUGGAUGCUGUAAAGACAGCUGAGAAUGAGCUGAUUGCUCCUCUAGAGGAUGCAAGAAGGAGACUGGAGAGAGAGAUGGAAGAGAAGACACAGCAGAUACAAAGAAAAAAUUUACGGCACAGAGAAACCAUUAACCAUCUGAAUCAAACUCAGAAUGAAGAAGAUGACAUCCUCUUUCUCCAGUCACAUCCAUCUGUGCCUGCUGAAUUCAUAGAUGAUUUGAGAGUUUCUAUUGACACUAAACUAAACUUUAGCUCCAUGAGAAAUAUAACUGCACCUGUUUUGACUUCUAUAAGGACUCAGCUGGAGAAUCUUUGCUACUAUGAAAUGAUAAGGAUUCAGAGGUUUUUAGUGGACUUGAUGCUGGAUAAAAAAACUGCACAUCCAACUCUGGAAGUGUCUCAAGACUGCAAAGCUGUAAGAGGCAAAGCAAACGCUCAUGACAUCCCGAGUGGCCCCAAUCUGUUGGAUGGUGUCCUGGGAAACCUUCAGAUCACAUCUGGAAAAGCAUUCUGGUUAGUGGAGGUGGGACAGACAACGGGCUGGGAACUGGGCGUAGUGAGAGAAAAUGCAAACAGGAGAGGAAAAGUCUCCUACAAACCCAGUGAAGGUUAUUGGGUCUUUGUGUUCUGUGGUCCAAACACGUAUGGAGCUUUUGAAGAAAAACCCAUUCAGCUGCAUCUCUCCACCAAACCUCAGAAGGUGGGAGUGUUUGUCGACUAUGAGAACGUUCUCAUCUCCUUCUACAAUAUGGACGAUCAGUCACACAUUUACACAUUCACUCAGUGUAGAUUCAAUGAAACGAUACGUCCGUAUUUUAACCCUCAUCCCAACAAAAAUGUCAAAAAUUCAGAUCCAAUGAUCGUUUCUUCUUUUAAUCCAUCAAUAUAACAUAUACAGUAACACCUCACUACACACACACACAUACAUAUAUAUAUAUCAACAUGAUCUCACAAAGUUCCGUGGGAUAGUCACGGAAUUUUUUGCUCAUUUUUCCGUGGCAUUCUCAUGUAUCUCUGCAUAUUUCCGUGGCCCUGCCACAGACUUUCUUUUCCAUGGGAUUCUCACGGAUUGGUUACUCAACUGCUUUUUCCUAUUUGUAAACCAUUGUCGCUUCCGUUUAGGGUUAGAUUUGGUGUUUGCGUUAGUAUGUUACUUUAAGUAUUGGUUUAUACUAUUCUUUCUGAUGUAUUCUUUUAUAUUUUUUAAACUUUAGUCAAUUGUCACCUGGCAUUGGGGUUAGAGUUGGGUUUGGGUAAGGAUGUCAUUUUAUGUAAAUCUAACCCUAAACCGAAGCAACAAUGGUAAGAAAAUAGGACAAAACAGUUGGGUAACCAAUCCGUGAGAAUGCCACGGAAAAAUAAGCAAAACAUUCCGUGACUAUGCCACGGAAAUUCUUGAGAUCAGGUUAUACAUAAUGACAAUUAUUUAAUAUCAAAUAUCACAGUGGAUGGGGUAUUAUGCAUUUUAUAUAUUUAUACAUUUGAUUUUAAAAUAGCUUUUGCCAAAAAGUAAAGACACAGUACUAUUUAAAAGUUUGGAAACACUGAACUUCUCAUCUAAAUAUACUUGAAGGAAUAUCCUUAAAACAUUUAUAUUAAUAUACUUUGUUCAUAUGCUUUUUCUCUAGCGUUUUUGUUUGAAAAUCACAGUUUAACACCAGACAGUUACAGAUAACUGUAUAGCCCUUACGAAAAUUAACCAUGGUUUUACUACAGUUAAAACCAAAAAAACCAUGGUUAGUGUAGUAAAACGAUGGUUUUGCUGAUAGUAAUCAAUGCACCAAAAAACCAUGGUUACUACACUUUUACCACAAUAAAACCAUGGUUAAUUUUUGUAAGGGAGUGUACAAUGAAUUUGAGCUUUUUCUGUUUGGUGAUUUUUAGCAUCCAUCUGGAUGAAGGUUUAUAGUCCCACAGUUCAGAACAAUGCAAUAUAUAUACAACUUUGUUCCUGCACUUGUUAACCCAGUUAAUCUAUCAUCUAUCUAUAUCUAUUUGUUUAUUUUAUUUAAAAGGUUAUGGUUUAUAUUUUAUUUAUAUUUCAUGCAAUUAAUUUAGCGGUGACGGGAAUUAACAACAGCACUCUUCUCAUAUUUAUUACGCUGAGCACUGUUGUGUUGUUUGCAUGUUUCAAGAUUUAUUACCUCAUUCACUGCAAACCAAAUAUACCUACAUAUACAAAUAAAGGAAUAUAAACCUGAUGUUUGUAUGAAAUGUGUUUAUAUCCCCCCCACACAGUAGUUUGUCAAAGAGCAGAGGAUUGGUUGACUAAAUUUUAAUGGGUUGGUUGGGUUGGUUGGUUACAGAAGAAAACUCCACAGUAUGCAACCUUUUUCAACCUUUUUAAAAAAUACAUACAAAGAUUUUCUUCCAAUGUGACGUGAAUAUAAAUGCCAAAAAAUAUAUAGGUGAAAAAUAAAUAUUGUAAACAUAUUUUUUUAUAUUUAUUUCAGCACACAUAUUUUAAUUUAUAUUAUUUUUAUAUUUUGAAGUACAUUUAAAAUCAAAUUUGAAAAUACAGUAUACAUUUUUUUGCUGUGUAUUCAUGUUGUGCAGUGAAACCAGUUAUAUAAUAGCACAAGUAGAUGUUAGCAGAGAUUAUCUCCAACUUGUAUCAGCACACCUGUCUGGAGGUUUCAGGUCUGCCAUCUAAAGCUACAAAUUGCACAAACGUGAGACUGUAAAUGCAGACUAGUGAGUGUGAGUUCAGCUUGAUGAUGUUUAAUGUCCCUGACAAUGUCUUUAGUUCAGUUAGAAACUUGUUAGCAAGUAGCAACUGGCUUUUUAAAGACACGUUAAAGCUUUAAAACAGGUGUGUUUUACGCUGUAGAAAAAAGUGACAAUAUUUAACCACAACUUAUUUCCGGCAUUAAGACAAGAGCCCAUGCAAAAACCAACUUACUUCGGGAUGAUGGAACCAGAUGUGCUGAAAUGCUAAAUGUUAAAACUCGC